AUGUUCACUUUAAGUUUUAGAUUCAUUCAUGCUCAUAUUUCUGAUAUAGUUAAAUGUCGAUUUUUUGAAAAAAACACAAAUUUAGCUAUAAUUUCAGGAGGUUUAACCUCAAAAGUUCAACUAUUGGAUAUUGCUAUCAACAAAUCAUUUAAAGCAAGG